GCGGAGGAGCCGCUGACAGACGGGGGACCGCAGAGGGAGAGCAACUGCAUUCACCGUCAGUUUGAGACUUUUUCACCCAGUUAACAGAAAACACCUGGUCUCCAUGGCAACGGGACGCUUGGUGGAGGUUUACCUGGACCUGCUGUCGCAGCCUUGCAGAGCCGUCCACAUCCUGCUGACCCGCACCAAGAUCCCGCACCGGGUCCACAGCGUGGCUCUGCGGAAAGGGGAACACAGAACCUCGGAGUUCUCCAAGCUGAACCCCAUGCAGAAGGUACCGGUGCUGGUGGACGGCGGCUUCGUCCUCACGGAGAGUGACGCCAUCCUGAAGUACCUGGCCACCACGUUCGACAUCCCUGAACACUGGUAUCCAUGGCAACCGGAGCGACGCGCACGCGUGGACGAGUACAUGGCUUGGCACCAUAGCAACACCAGACCGCACGCUGCCAAGGUGUUCAUACUGGAGGUAAACCUGAAGGUUCUGCUCCCUGCUCAGGUAGGCGGCCCGGUGGACCAGCGCCGCUUGGACCAGGCCCUGUCGGACCUGGACGUCACGCUGGAGCGGCUGGAGUCCAUGUUCCUGCGGCGCCAGCCGUUCCUGUGCGGCGAUGACAUCACCGUGGCCGACCUGCUCGCCGUCUGCGAGCUCAUGCAGCCUCUGGGAAGUGGGCGGGACAUCCUGAAGGACCGCCCCCAGCUACGGCGCUGGAGGAGCCGCGUCCAAUCAGCCGUCGGCGAGUCGUUCGAUGACGCUCACGCCGUGCUGUUUGCCGUCAGAGACCGCCGCCGCGCCAGGCUGUGACAUCACCAAGGGGGCGGAGCCUCUUCAUUAGGACCGGAGCACAGUGGACACUGAUUGGCCGACCUAAUGACGUCAUGUGACAGACCGUGCCUGCCUGGCCCGGUUCUGACCCGGUUCUGAUGAACAAAGAUUAUUGUUUCUGACUGGACCUGGUUCUGACCGGACCCGAUUCCAAUAACUAGUUUCUUUGAUAAUUUUAAGGUUUGAAUAGAAAUAAUUUAGAUUAAAUUAUAAAUAAACUGGAUUAAAUGUUUUAGUCUCUGGUUCCGAGGACCGGACCGGAACAGACCGAUCCUCAGAACCAGAUCCAAUCAGUUCAGACCCGUCCUGGUUCUGAUCUUGGUUUUCUUCAAUGAUUUUAUGUUUUAAAUAAAAACACUGCAGAUGGUU